GAGCGAUGGAAUACGCACCAAACUACUAUGGUGGAACAAGAGGUCUUUGGCACCGUGUUACGGUUUGUCCAGGACCCAUCUUCGGAGCACUUGGGCACCACGGUUUGGGAUGCCAGUGUCGUCUUAGCCAAGUGGUUUGAAAAGAACAUCCGUAAAGGCGAUUUCUCCAGAUCCAAGGUCCGCGGCAAGCGGGCUAUUGAGCUGGGGGCGGGCAUGGGCUUGGCUGGCAUGGCCUUUGCGAUGGUGGGUGCAGACGUCGUACUGACGGACACCGCCGACGUGUUGGGACUGUUGAGGAUCAACUACGAGAACAAUCUAUCUCCCGCAGCACACGGCACCUGGGCGGACAGUGCGGGCAGCUUGGUGGUGGCGGAGCUGGACUGGACGAAGCCCGAGCAGGUGCACGCCCCACCCCUCAAGCCCCCCUACGACUUCGUGUUGGCUGCGGACUGCAUAUAUCAUGAAACCCUCACAGACCACUUCCACAGGACCGUCAUGGACAUCACCAACGACAAAUCCACCGUUGUUGUUUGCAACGAGCUGCGUUCCCAUUCCGUCCAAGGGAGGUUCAUGGAGCUCUUCAGGGCCACGCACACCAUCAAGUCCGUGCCGCACUCCAAGAUGGACGACACCUACCAGCACCCUAACAUCUUCAUCUACAUCAUGAAGAAGAAG